AAACAGCUGGCUAAUCAUAUGAACAACUGGUCCCAAAAUAUAUCAAUAUACGAGUUCUUGUAUAUAUAUGGGCUUAUGGCCUUACAUACAAUAAAAUAAUUGAAUUGAAAGAAUUGAAUACAAGAGGCGGUAAAUACUGGUUGUUUUCAAGCAACAGAGACACAACUAUAGCAGCAAGUUUGGUCAAUCACAGAAUGUUGCUGUAUAUUAUGCGGAUAUCAACAAGGACGUGCUAGUGCUUAUGGAAACUUUAGAACUUUAAUUCCUAAUCAAAAUAAUUAUUAAUGUUAAAAGAACUCAAAUCAGCAACAUUGUGUUUAUAGUUAUAAUGUAAAUAGCAAUUUGUAUCUUCAUUACACAUGUAUUAUAUUAGCACGGAUCCGGGCUGAGUGGUUUUUAAAAUGAGACACUUCCGGGAGUGUUAACAUUGAAUUCAGGAAGACGAACGCUUGCGAUCAAUUUGAUAUCCAAUUCUAUCCAAUCACAUUCAUUUAACGUUGGGCACAAAACCAGUCUAGCGAACGUUACGUCUUUUGAAUAUUCAUCAUAUAUGAACGUUUUCUGUUGUUGUUACUAAUGAAUGGUACUUUCCUUGAUAUUUUGCUCAUAGUGCACAUAAACAGAACUGGAUGUUUACUGGUAUACACAGACUGAAUAAAACUAUUCAUAGCCCAAGCUUUUUAAACUAAUGUUCCACGUCCGCAUCGAUAAUCAUAUAGCAACAAUUAAUAAUCUCUUACGGGAAAGCGAAAACCUAAGCAAUAUAAGCAGAAACUGGUCAUCACCAAGCAGAAACUUAUCUGCUGAACGUAAUUAGAUAUUUUACGGUCGGCUGACUGCCCGAUAUGCAAUGUGUUUGGCUGGACCGGACAUGGAGGCUAAUUAUCUCUAAUGUAUAAGGUUAUUGGUUCUGUGACGGCUAGAGCCUGGAGGAGAAACGCGCGUGGUUCGAUUACCCAGCAUAUGUUUCCGUCUAACAAGAUUCAUUACACCAAUGGGGUGUGCGAGCUUUUCCUUCAAACUUGUGGCCUUUUUAGAUGAAGAUGACUGAUUGAGCUUACCGAGAAACGCCGUGAUUAUCACACCGAGAAUUUCCCACUGGUCCCGACAUGAAUACCACACGCAUUACUAAUUAACGCAAAAUAUUCUGGUUGUGCGUCAAGGUUUACAUCUAGGAUGGGUGGUGGUCUUCUCGGAUCUACGCUUCAGUUGGUGGUGUUAUUGAUGCUGCAGUGGGGUAGUUGCCAUGGCUACAGCACUGGGACACCGGACACGGCGUGUAACACCAUGGCCCCACACCACGGAUUUGCGAAAUCGUCCACUGCUACAUCGCCGUUCGUUGUCCUGGUGUCCAAAUCCUCGUACGAACCAAACGAAAAGAUCAAAGUUAUGUUACGAGGACUAUGCAGUAACAGUUUCAAAGGUUUCCUUGUGUAUGCAAAACGCGCCGACCCGCGGAUGAAUACAACUGAGAGAAUUGGAACAUUCACUGAAGUGGAGCAAACCAGAUACGCCUGUGGUCAUGAGACUGCACUGACACAUCUGAGAAACAAAACGAAAACCUCCAUCCUCUUGGACUGGACAGCUCCAGCGGUACCUUCCGGUCACGUGAUUAUUAAAGCUACGUUCGUUCAACAGUUCAGUACAUUCUGGGCUGGAAUCAACUCGGUGGUUGUGUCCGACCCCAGAGCCCCACCAAUUACCUUCCAAGCCCCGCAGAUGACGAAAUACAUAACCCCGUGCACCGAGGAUCUGCCCAAGAAAACCACCACGCUUCCUUCGACGACGUCAACUUCAACGACCGCAUCAACGCCAACGACUGCCACAACACCAACACCAACAUCUGUUGUAAUACCUACACCUGCUGUAAUACCUACACCUGCUAGAAUACCACAACCUGCUAGAAUUCCAGCACCUGCUACUACACGACGUCCCUUGAGAUCUCCACCCUUCCAGACACCUCCACCAAGGUCAUUCACGGCCAAUCCGGUCCAGCCCGCUUUUAACCCACCGCGACCAACAACUCCCAGAUAUAUCAACAACAUCCAGACCACCCCGCAGUGCGGCGUCACACACGGUUGUUUCGUCGACUGUCAGAAAGGGGUCUGCAGAUUCGAGGUCGCUUGGAAGGAUCUGGGUGACAAGGUGUGGUUCCACAUCAGAGCGGCGGCCAUCCCUGACUCCCCAGAACAGUGGACAGCCAUUGGAUUUUCCACGGAUAAUAAGAUGGGCCAUGACAGCGUGGUGGAAUGUGUACACACCAUGACGAGAACUAUGAUGAUCAGCAUUUCCUACAACGACCGCAGAAAGAACACGCAAAUUAGAACGGUAAGGCUGAUAGGUACAGGGUUCGCAGCCAGGUACUGGAUCCCACCCAGAGCGAGUUUUAACACUCAGUGGGUAGGUGUAAGAUAGCUGAUGUGUGUGCUCAGGACAGCGUGAUUGAACCUUAAUUGGAUAUAAGCACGGAAAUAAGUUCAACAGAAAGGAAAGAACGGUUUUUGACCUUUGCUUUAAAAUAUUAGACAUAGUUCAGCGGAGUGUUAAUACCUUUAUUUAACAUAUGUUAAUGCUUUCUAUAAUAUUUA